UGUGUGUGGGUAAGUUGAAUAAUGAUCCGAUGUUACAAAAUACAUCCGACUGGAAGAUAGUCAAAGAGCAACUAGCUUUCGAGUCUUUGGCAACUUCUCGCUUUUUGCCGUCGUCAUGGACUCUCUCCUGUCAGCGCUCUUUUCCUCCGAGGAAACCGAGCUUCAUUUUUUAAGGUACAUGGCUAACUUCAUGAUUUUCAUGACGGCCUGCACAUUAGUUUCGCUUCUGAAAGAAAAUGUUCCCUAUGGUCGGUAUGCGAGUAGUAAGUAUGGCUUUCCAGUCAACGCCAAGUUUGCGUGGUUUGUCCAAGAACUGCCUGCUUUCUUGUUGCCUUUGCUCCUGGUAAUAUGGUCGUCACCUGCGAAGAUGUCCCGUCUGCCAAAUCAGCUCAUGAUGUUGAUGUAUUUUUGCCACUACACACAAAGGUCCCUUAUUUAUCCCUUUUUAAUUCGAGGUGGUAAACCAACACCGUUCCUGACAUUUAUCAUGGCUGUUUUUUUCUGCAUCUACAAUGGCUACAUGCAGGUCAGGUACCUGAGUCAUUAUGCAGAGUACCCUGAGGAUUGGGUUACUCAUCCAUUCUUUAUUACAGGGUUUUUGCUGUGGUUUGUGGGCUGGCUGAUGAAUGUGCACUCUGACCACAUCCUCAGGAACCUGAGAAAACCAGGAGAGACUGGUUACAAAAUUCCUAAAGGUGGCAUGUUUGAAUAUGUAUCCGGAGCCAACUUCUUGGGAGAGAUAAUUGAGUGGGCGGGCUUCGCUCUGGCCGGUCACUCUGUUCACAGUUUAGCCUUUGCCAUCCUCACAGCAGUGGUACUGUCCAGCAGGGCGUUGGCUCACCACAAGUGGUAUCUAUCCAAGUUCGAUGACUACCCCAAAAGUAGAAAGGCUUUGAUUCCGCUUCUGAUUUAGGGAUAAUCUAGAAGUUUUUUUUUGUUUGUUUUUUGCUCUUUCGUGAUCACUGACACAAAUGGACAUGGCUCUUACACCUGCAAAUUCAUUUGGCCAUUUACUGUGUAUGUUUGUUGCCAAUUCAUGGUGGAGGAUUUUCCUAACAUUGGAAAAUUUAGCACCUGGAGGAAGGGAGUAGGAAUGGCCUAUGUUUGUCCAAUACUCAGCUGUUACUGCAAGCUGGAGUAGAACCCUUCUUGCUCUUCGACUCAUAACAAAUGGCUUAGUCAGCAACUCUCUGUCCAGUCACUAAGGUGCCAAUAAGGUGGCUCAAAGGUCUAUUCAGGACCACUGGGUAGAUACACGUCUCAUGCAAGUUACUGUACAACACUUGCCUGAAAAUAGAUGUGCCUGAGGUGAGCUUCCAGUUCUUCUUUUUACAGAAAACGCCCUGCACUCCUGCCAAGGACCUUCUAUCAGACCACUUGCUGACUUUCUCAUUGGAAUUGCGAUCUUUGCUGCUUGGCCACAUAUGGACUUCUAAAACCACUGUGUAUCAAAAUGUAGUAUUAAAACACAUUUUAAGCCCAAGUUAGUUUUGACUUCAGUGUGUUUACGGCGGUGUCUGCAAAUCAACAGACUGGUGUGGUUAUACAACACACCAACAAAAUAAACAGUACCUGCAUUUGCAGUUGUGCACGAGGACUUUUACUUCAUCAAGGAUCUUUGCCAUGUUAAUAUCGGCAUGUUUAGAGAUUAGAUAUCUUUUUAAAUGAAAAUUCACACUCCUCUGAAGCAGAUACAUCGUUUCAAAGAUUAAUUCCGACCAGGUACAUUUUAAAUAAAGAUGGCUUUUGAUUUGUGACGUCACAUGGUUUGAAACCAGAACACAACAUGUAUGUAUAGCUUUGUUUGAUUGUAUUUUAUUGUAAAAUAAUGAUUGCUUUUCUACCAAGCACUCGCCCAAGCCUUAGGUAAAGUAGAGAGCUUAAGAUCCUGUUUCCCAGGUGUACUGUUUUGAUUGGAAAAGGACGGGAAAAGAUUAUAACAAACAUUUUUUUGAGCGUUACAACAGUCAGCAAUUAAUAGGAAGUGUACAGACCUUUGCUUUGAAUGACGUCAGCACAUCUGUGGCCACAGGACAUCACUAGUGAUUUUGGUCCACUCUUCUUCCAGUCUUUUCCACAGUUCAGUGGCUGUGGGGGGUUUCUUGGCCAUAACUUUGUCCCCAAGGUUUUUCCAGAGGUUCUCUAUUGGGUAUUCAAGGAACUGUUUCACCUGUUCAAGGAACUGUUUCACCUGUUUUGUUGUGCGACAGAGAGCGUUGUCCUGCAUAAACACUGCCGGCUCAUUGGGUGAUGAACGCAUGAAAGGAAUCAUAUGUUGUUGAAGAAGGUUCUUGUAAACAUUUGCAUUUACUCGGCCAUGUAACUGUAUGAGAGGCCCAACUCCUGCUGCAGAAAACAUGCCCCAAACCAUGACACAUCCUCCACCUUUCACUGACUUCUUCACACACUUUGGGUUCAGUCUUUCACCACUUUUUUGCCGAACAUAAUGUUUCCCAUCAGACCCAAACAAAUUAAACUUACUUUCAUCACUGAAGUGAACUUUGGACCAGUCUGCCUCUGUCCACACAACAUGCUCCUCAGCAAAGGUUAGUCCAGCCUUUUGACCGUGUUCAGCGCUGAACUGGUGAGCAAUCCCAGCUGCAGUGUUGAAAUGAUUGCCCAGUGACAUCCUCCGCAUUAUCCUGUCCUCUCUUGCAUUCGUCUUUCAUGGAUGACCAGCCUUCUUGGCGGACUUGAAUGAGAUUGUGAUGUUGUAAAGAUGCAAUAUUCUUGAAAUCACUGAUUUGCUAUGGCUGACAGGGUCAUCCCUUUGGCCUUCAGCUGGACAACGUGCUGCCGGAGGGUUUCGGUCACUUUAGAACGGCUCACCAUCUUGCAGAGUCAGAGAAACUGGAAGUUUGUCUGCCAGUUAAAUAGGGGUUGUCAGGUAAGCAAGGAAAUUAGCAACAGGUGCCAGAAUAACACCAAUAACUAGGAGGUAUCCUGAAGUGUUCUCUAAUUGUGAUCAGUCUUUUUUUCUAAUAUGUCAUUUAAGUUUUUUAUACUGUGCUUUCAGGAUAUACUUAACUCUUGAAAUGUACUUAAAAUAUUGCUCUUUUAAUCCUGCUUGGAUAAUUUCAAAUAUGAUUAUGCAGUGACCUUGAAAUUUAGUGAAUUGCUACGUCAUCUUCCUGGAACAA